AAUCAGCUCUCACAGCUUGUUAAAGCUAGACCUCUUGUUUUCAUGCCCUCACCUCAGGAAACAGAGUUACAGCUUUUCCAGCUCUACUCAGCAGGGGGCCAGGGUCCUCACUUUAUAAACAUCCCCAAGCCUGUGAGAGGGCACGGAGAUGGUGCGAGACAGGAGCCCAGGGGAGAAAGACAGAAACUAAGACUCGAGGAGAGAAACAAAGAAAAGCCAAGGAGACAAGACCAGAGCAGCCUGAACAGAAGCCAAGAACGGUCCGAAAAGGCCGUACUGCAGGAAUGGCCUUAUGGAUGCUCUGGGCUGGACAGGCUAAGGGGACCCUGGGCGGCUGGGGGAUCACCUGCUUGGUGAUAUCUCUGCUCCUCCAGCACCCAGGAGUCCACAGCAAGUGCUACUUCCAAGCUCAAGCGCCCUGCCACCAUGAAGGGAAAUAUUUCACCCUGGGCGAGUCUUGGCUCCGCAAGGACUGUUUCCACUGCACCUGUCUGCAUCCCGUCGGUGUGGGCUGCUGUGACACGUCCCAGCAUCCUAUCGACUUCCCCGCUGGGUGUGAGGUACGUCAGGAGGCAGGAACGUGCCAGUUCUCCCUGGUGCAAAAAUCUGACCCUCAGCUGCCCUGCAAAGGGGGAGGGCCCGACCCAGAGUGGGGCUCAGCUAACACUCCUAUUCCUGCGGCUCCUGCUCCCCACUCCAGCUAAACUCAACUGACCGCCCUUUUGCUGACUGCCCACUGCCGCUGCCACUUCCAGGGAAACCACUAGCAGCUGCCGAUUUAUUCUGAAUAAAUAAAUUAAUGCUA